AGCACCUUGAGUGAUGCCCAAGAAGUUCCAAGGUGAAAAUACCAAGUCGGCUGCUGCCCGCGCAAGGAAAGCUGAGGCAAAGGCAGCAGCCGAUGCCAAGCGCCAGCAGGAGCUGGAAGAUGCCUACUGGAAGGAUGAAGACAAACACGUGAUGAGGAAGGAGCAAAGGAAGGAGGAAAGGGAGAAGCGGCGGCUGGAGCAGCUGGAGCGCAAGAAGGAACUGCAGCGUCUGCUGGAGGAGGAGGACUCGAAGCUGAAGGGGAAGUCGCCCAAGCAGGUCACUCCGGGCAAGGUCACCAGGGCCCAGAUUGAGGAGACGAUCAGGAAAGACCAGCAGCAGAAGGAGAACGCAGACACAGUGGAGAAGGAGAAGACCCACUUGGAGGUUCCUUUGGAGGAGAACAUCAACAGAAGGGUUUUGGAGGAAGGAUCAGUAGAGGCCAGGACAAUUGAAGAUGCCAUUGCUGUCCUCAGCGUUGCCAAUGACCUGGACCGGCACCCGGAGCGCCGCAUGAAAGCUGCCUUCACCGCGUUUGAAGAGGUCAACCUGCCCCGCCUGAAGCAGGAGAACCCGAACAUGCGCCUGUCCCAGCUCAAGCAGCUCCUCAAGAAGGAGUGGAUGAAGUCUCCAGAAAACCCCAUGAACCAGAGGCACAAGGCUUACAACAGCCACAAGUAGAACUAGAGCCCAUCGCCCCGCCGCAGACAGUGGGCCGGAGCCGCAGGGCUUUGCUCCCAUGAAACGGGAGGCCCCCGGAGCCUCCUGUCCUUCGUUUCCCUUCCCUGCCCUCCCUUUUCUGUCUUUCCCUCUUCUCGGAUUUAGGCGCCAGGCUGCCGCUCACGCUGGGGCCCUGCGGCCUCCUGCUGCCCUCCCUGCCCUCCCGGCCCCUCCGCGGGCGGCUGGCGCAGAGGGACCUGGAUGGACUAACGCUACCUUUGGGCUUUUGAAUGCGGUUGUUGCGUUAGGGAAAAGCUGCUGACUUGCGUGCGGAUCUGCAGCAUGGGCCGUGCCCCCACAGGGCCCGUUUGCGCUGCUGCCUGCUGAGGUAGAGAGCCCCCUCGCUGCCUGGCACCCCACAUUUAACCCCCUCUCCCAGCCCGUGCGUUCCCCCCGUCGCUACCGUGGCUGCACCGCACCCUCAUCUGCAGGAGUCACCUACCAGCACGAGGCAGGCACCUGCUUUCUGCUGCUUGUGUCACGUUUGGCACCAGGAUGUUCCUGAGGAGAUUCCAGGCUCGGAUUGGUGCCGACCCCGUGUCCUGGCAGCCUCUUGGUUGAGUUUUGCCUGGCAGAGUGCAGACGGGGAGGAGGAGCCGCCGCGGGAGCAGCAGCGCCCAGCGCAGUGUUGCGUGGAAGAGCCAUCUCCUGCAGCCCCUGCGAGACAGGGGGGCUGCCACAGCUCCCCAGCCCGUCCCCUGCAGAGCCAGACUUCUGUGUCCCGUCCCCGGUGGCCUCGCAGCACGCGUGGCGAGUCCCGGGCUGCCUGUGUCACUCGUGGGACCGGCGGGUCCCUCGUGGAGCUGCGACCAGCAGCGUGCAAGACCCGUGCAGGAAAGGGAGCUGCUGCUUCUCCCACCACA